AUGAAGUCUUUUGCAUGGGCGACGAAGGCUCUCCUUGUGGGGGCCCUUAUACACUUUGUGCAACUCGCCGCUCUAGCGGACGCGAGCGACCCGGCAGGACCGAAUGGUGGAGCCCCUCCGCGCAGAGCUCUUGACAUUGAAGAAGUGAGGCUCCGGCUGCUCGAGUCGCUGAAAGACAAUAAUUUGCGGCAGUUGCCCGGCGCUGAAGAAGCACUCUUGCUUCACCUUGACGACCUUGCUGGGAUUGGGGGCGAGGAGGCCGCGCAGGCGAAUGCCUCCUCCCCGAGAGAUGCCGCCUGGCGGGCGAUGGCUGUAGGCUUCCUGGAAACCGUUGCCGCCGGGUUUCACCUGGACAGCCACAAACUCCCCAUGGUGUGCGGUGAAGUCGUCUUGGCGCUCGAUGAGAUCGUCUCCUACCUCCAGACGCGUCACCAAGCCUUCCGCAUUGUUCGAUGGUCUGAGAAAGCCUUGCAGGGCUUGAGGGCGCUUGGCAGAGCCCUCGGGAACAUCCCCGCAGUCGCGGCUGCAUCUGAAAUGCUUGCGCGCAAGGGACACGUCGGUCAGGAUGCCCCCGAUCGGCUGACCCUCCAGCGCCUCUUGCGCGUCAUUGAGAAAGACAUCUCCGCCCCUCUGGAGCAGUUCGGCACCAUCGUCGAGCGCGAGGCGCAAACGGCUGCUCCGCCGACGGCGAGACUCUACCAGAGCGUCUCCGAGAAACUAAAGGGCGUCAAACGUGCCAUCGACGCGUGCAUCGCUUUCACGCUCCUCGACAUCUACCGCGCCGGCGGCAACUCCCUCGCGUUGGACUUCACCCGCUCAGAGGCAAACACCGGCGCAUAA